GAAUAGGUUAGGUAUAUGACAGAUAAACUGUUAAUAAAAGAAUCUCUAGACUCUACUAACAUGGCUUGUGAAAGUGGUGCCAGCUGUUGUGAUACAAAAGAAUCAGUUCAAAAUUAUUAUGGUAAAUUUCUAACAAAGACAAGUGAUUUGAAAACUGGAGCAUGUACUGCUCAGAUAGGAAAGUUUCCGAAAUAUGUCAGAGAGGUGAUUGCUUUAGUUCAUGAAGAAGUGACAUCCAAAUAUUAUGGCUGUGGUCCAGUCUUUCCUCCUGCUCUCCAAGGAGCUUCUGUCCUUGACUUGGGUUCUGGAAGUGGACAAGACUGUUAUAUUCUUAGUAAGCUGGUGGGAGCUGAUGGUCAGGUAGUGGGACUUGACAUGACAGAUGAGCAGCUUUCUGUAGCCAACAAGUACAUUGACUACCAUACCAAGCUGUUUGGUUAUGCAAGUCCAAACAUAAGCUUUGUCAAAGGCUACAUGGAGAAUAUGGUUGAAGCUGGCAUAAAGGAAAAUACUUUUGACAUUGUAGUGUCCAACUGUGUCAUUAAUCUAUCUAAAGACAAACUUGCAGUUUUGAAAGAAGCAUAUCGUGUUCUUAAGGAAGGUGGAGAGCUAUACUUCAGUGAUGUUUAUGCUGAUCAAAAUUUGCCAGAUAGUGUGAGGGAACAUAAGGAACUUUGGUGUGAAUGUGUUGCUGGAGCAAUAUUCUGGAAAGACUUGUACAAAUUAGCCAAGGAAAUUGGCUUUAGCACACCAAGGCUCGUUACUGCUGGCUUGUUCUCUGUGGAGGAUAAACACUAUAAAGAUGUCUUAGGUGACGCCAAGUUUGUGUCUGUGACCUACAGAUUGUUUAAACUCCCACAAGUUCAAAGCCAUGCUUCCACCGUUGUCUAUGGGGGAGAGAUUCAAGGUCAUGAAGAUGAACUACCAUUUGAUUAUGCCAUUACUUUUAAGAAAAAUGAAGAAUGCCAUGUUAAGCCAGAGCUUGCCACCAUUCUGAAAACCUCUCGCUACAGGAAGUAUUUUACCUUCUCAGAAGGAGAGCAUGGACCUUGCAAGUGUGCUAAACUGGAGAAAGAUCCAUUUGAAUAUUGUGCACAGCAAGGAAACAUCAAGUCAUGUUGCUGAAGUAGUGCUCAAUGAAUGGCAUUUAAGUGUUCCAAAAUAAGUAACCUCCAAUGUCCUCAAAUAUCAUCAGAUUCCACUGAUUAUUUAGGUUCAAUAAUUCUUUAUUCACAUUAAUGACCAGAAAUAAUUGCUUUUAAAUUGUUUUUUUUCAAUUACAUUCUCUUGUCAAUUUUAUGCAAUCUUAAGUGAGGGUUAUAGUGCUGACAAUUGUAUAAGUUACACUUGAUUAGUGUUUCAAAGUAUUCAUUUUACACAUUUUUUUAUUUUAGUUGCAUACAAAACUCUUAAUCAGGUCAGAGGAGAGAAGACAUUACAAGAUUGACAUAGCCUUGGUUAUGCAAAAAAAAUAAUAAUAACCAGAAUAACAUCAUUCACUAUCUUCCAACAGUGCUAAAAAGAAAUGUCUGGAAAUAUCUAGUCUACAAGUAUAAAAAGGUUAAUUUGGGUUUGUUUGAUUCAGUCUGUUUAUUUAAUAUUUGAUUCAGUCUGUUUAUUUAAUGUUAUAUUCAGUCUAUUUAAUGUCUAAUUCAGUCUAUUUAUUUAUUGUUUGAUUCUAUCUAUUUAAUGUUUGAUUCAGUGUAUUUAUUUAAUGUCUGAUUCAGUCUGUUUAAUGUUUGAUUCAGUCUAUUUAAUGUUUGAUUCAGUUUGUUUAUUUAAUGAAUACUAUGUUUUAACUUGACACAUCUAUUUCAUGUGAAUUUAAUAACGUGAUUAAAAUAUAAAUUAUCCGGUUACAUUAAACUACUGUUUUUGAAAGUUUGAAA